AUGGAAGGUAAAUUUAACAUUACUGAAACUUAUCUAAAGUUUUUGGAGGAAGAUAGUGAGAUGACCAUGCCUAUCGCGGCAAUUGAAGCAUUGGUUAUGAUGUUAAAGGUCAAGAAUCCUAGUACAUCUGCAGAAAUGAUCAAUUCAGUAAAGUCUUCAACACGGGAACUGACUACAUCUAUUCCAAGCUCCAUAUCGCUUACGGCUGGUUGUGAUAUUUUUAUGAGAUUUGUGCUUAAGAAUACUGAUUUAUAUGGUGAUUGGGAAAGCUGUAAGCAGCAUUUAAUAGAAAAUGGACAGCUAUUCGUUUCAAGAGCGAAGAAAUCCCGUGACAAAAUAGCGAAGAUUGGUUUAGAUUUCAUUACUGAUGACGAUAUUAUCUUGGUUCAUGGAUUUUCCAGAGUUGUGUACUUCUUGCUAAGCCAUGCAGCAGAUAAGUUAAUUAGGUUUAGGUGUGUUGUAACGGAGGCUAGACCCACACAGCAAGGUAAGCAGAUGUACAGUAUGUUACAAAAGAAGGGGAUUCCAGUAAAGAUGCUUGUAGAUAGUGCAGUUGGGUCUAUCAUCCACAAGAUCGACAAAGUUUUCGUUGGAGCUGAAGGUGUCGCCGAAUCUGGCGGUAUUAUCAAUUUAGUUGGAACGUAUUCAGUGGGAGUUUUGGCUAAAAAUGCUAGAAAGCCAUUCUACGUUGUUAGUGAAUCGCACAAGUUUGUUCGUAUGUUCCCCUUAUCCCCUGAUGAUUUGCCAAUGGAGAGAGACCCUCUAGACUUCAGCCAGAACGAUACAUCUGAACUACUCUCCAGCCCUUCCAUCGACUACACCUCCCAUGAAAACAUUACAGCAUUGAUCACUGAUCUCGGUGUCCUAACUCCUAGUGCAGUUUCUGAAGAACUGAUCAAGAUGUGGUACGAUUAA